GGGAGUGUUUAUCAUGAGCCGCCCGUGAGAUUCAGCAGCACUCAGUUGUAGUUUCUAAAUGGGGGAUUCAUGUUUUGUCACAUUGGAUCGCAGCAUCUGAGCCGAUGUGUGUCUCAUUCCAGUGACGGGGACAGACAGUAGAGACAGUAAAGAAGAGAGGAGGGAGGAGUGAGGAAGCUUUCAGUCUAGCAUAUACACUUCGCAAACGACUUGAUAGAGAUAUGGGGUGUAGGCUUCCUAAGUUGCAGAAGGCCGAAGAGAGGCGAAGCCCGGGUAAUAUCUACUCCACCCUUCGACGGCCUCAGGUGGAGACUAAAGUGGGUGUGGCAUACACCUACCACUUCCUGGAUUUCCUGUUGGGGAAAGAAGAGGUGCCGGUGUCAUCGGUGCUUUGUCUCUCCUCGGUCAGAGAGCUACCGGUUCAGGUCAGAGAACUCUACGCGCAGGGUUUCGUCCUGGUCGCCGUGCACCCAUUCGUCCAUCCCUGCGGCCCUCGUCACGCACACAUCCAGCGCCAGCUGCACCGGGCCGUGUUGGUCCGAGAGACGCCAAGUUCAGAGAAAAGCCAACUGAGGUGGGCGAGACAUCGUCUGGAGACAGACGUGUGUGUGGCAGGCCACCAGGCAGCCGACCCAGAAGUGAUCCAGAGCUACGUCAAGAGGAUCCAGGAUGUAGCAGAGCAAGGGGUGAUGUUUGUGGGCUUUCUCCAGCAGCCGGGUGGAGGACCCUGCUACUUGGGGCACUGGGACCCCGAAGACCUGUCCUCUUUACAUUCAAGCCCUUCACCCAUACAUCGACACCCCUUCAGCGCCAACACCAGCCCAACAGAUCCUACGGAACCACAUCAUAAAGACGCAGAACCUGACCGUCACCGCUUUGAGCCUCAAGAGUUGGAUCAUAACACAUGGGACCACAAGCCAAGAGAACCGGACUUCAGUCCUCUCCAGAGUUUAGAGCAAGACGAGUCCAACGAGCAAACGCAGACGGUACAGAUCGGCCUCAAAGAGUCUCUAGAAUCAACGAACCGGCCUCAAGAUCACAGCGGCGUAGACACAGUUCAGUGGUGUUCAAAUCAAAACCCAGCAGACGCCCAAGGGAACCAGCGGUGUCCCAGCCCUCCUGAAGCUGCAGAUAUAAUCAGACAGCAGAAGGGACAUUUUCACCUCUCCGACCAGACAGAAAGACUUAGUUCAAGCUCCGAAAGCUGGCCCAGCUCUCCCGAACUGGAUCGAAACCAUGAGAGAAAGUCCAGCUCUACCUGCACAGAUGGGCAAAGCAGAGUGACGACACACAACAACAACAACCAUAUCCGACUCAAGGGUUCAGAAAAAGACAAGAAUGCAACUUCACCACCAGUGCAGGGUAGGAUGCAGCUGUUUGCUUUGUACAACCACACGGGAGAGCUGAACACAUCUCUGAGGUUCUACUCACUCAGGGUGCCUCUGCAAGUACAAAAGGAAGCCGGGCUAAUCACAGACGUUGACACACACUGGCUCGACCACAUGACUCAGCAUUUCACCAACGGUGCGCACCUCAUAGACGGGUUUUUCCAGCUCGGAGAUGAUAACGACAACGGCGUUUCAUGUGUGGAUAGCGUGUUCAUCUUCCAGAGCUCCGCAGAGGAGACCACAAACGCCUCCUACGACGCCAUCGUGGUCGAGCAGUGGACUGUCGUUGAUGGUGUUGUGGUGAAGACAGACUACAUCCCCUUGCUCCAGUCUCUGGCUCCGUAUGGAUGGAGGCUCAUGUGUGUGUUACCCACGCCAAUUGUGAAGACUAACAGCGACGGGAGUUUGUCGACCAAGCAAAUCCUCUUCCUUCAGAGACCCGUUUUGCAGCGCAAGAGAAAAGACUUCAAGAUGCCGAACCUCAGGGGUCGGAGCAAGGCGAAGAAAAAAUCUGGUGGAGAAACGCAAGAGGAGAUGGAGAACAGGUCCCCUCUGAUGGAGACGGAAAUGGACAGGUUGAGAAGAAACACAAUAGAGGAGGAAGACGAAGAGGCGGCAGAGGGUAGGAGGAGGAGAGACAGCGGAAGGAGCGAAGGAGCGAGCCCUCAGGAAGGUGGAGAGGAGAGGGAGGAGGAUGCGCGGCAUCAAAGGGCGUUCCUGUCGGGGAGCAGGGCUUCUGUCGAGGAACAGGAAGAGGAAACCGACAUUGACAACAUGUCGGAGCAGGAGAAGUCGGUGAGAUGGACAGAUGUGUGUCGGGGAGAUGAUGGAAGGGUCAAGGAGGAGGUGAAGACAGAGGAGCGGAUCAAACAGCAGCUGUUUUCCGGCGUCUGUUGACACAUUGGGCACAAAGGAGGCGAUGGCGAGAGGAGGCCUGUUUAGUUUAUCAAAAAAAUACCGUUUUGUUCAUCUGGAUUUUUUUGUUCCAACCCAGAUAUAGUUAAACUGUUACUAGUCAUCACGUACUGAUGUACUGCUCUGUUUCGGGCAUUAAAACUGUUGCGAGUCUUUGAGGUUGUAGCUCCCAUAUAUGGAGAAAGUGUUGUGCAGUUCUCUGCUUUGGGUCAGUGUUGCUAUUUAGUGUAAAUGAAAUGAAACUGUACAAGAGAACAACCUAGAGAACGUCUCCAGUCCGAGCAUUAAGUGGUAUUUUUUUCUUGCCCAUUGUUGUAUUUUACUACUUUUCUUCUCUGUUAAAAAGGGAUUUCACUGUAUUUUUAUAUGUAAAGUAUAUAAUUUAAGAUAGAGACAAGUGGGGGGAAAAGUUGACACAAAGUAUGUAGUACACUGCUUAGAGCCGGACCGAUACAUCUGCAAUGUUUUGGCCAAUUUUUUAGGUAAUUUAGAAAUUUUGUCUUCAUUACAUACCGUAGUUUCUUGGUCACAACUUAGACAAACAUAUUUGAUAAAGAUCCCUUAAAUUUGGUUGUUAGAAAAAUGAAUAUCAGCCAAUUGGAUCAGAUUUUAGAUAAUUCUCUGUAGGUAUCGGCCAGGCUCUACAGUAUGUCGCAUUGAGGUUUUUAAUGUUACGUUUUUUUGGGCCUAAACAUUAAAGGGUCGUGUAAAUUACAAAAACAAAAGUAUUGUCACUUAGCUCUAGUUGAAUCUAGAUAGUUUUGUUUUUCUUUGCACAGGUUUUGAGAUGUCUGAGCUUUCUUCACUUUGGUACAAUGGAGGUGAAAGGAAUUUAGUUUGUGGUGCUACUUAUCUAUUACAUACAUAAUAAAAAAGAAACCGAAACAGCUCUUUCCAGAAGCUAUGUCCCAGAUACUCUAGAUCAGUGUUUCCCAAACUUUUUUUCCUGGGGACCCACUUUUUAAAAAUGACAAACCACUGCGACCCAAUUCACAAUAUAAACCAUUUCUAUAAAUCAUGAGAAGAGCAAAUUUGUGCAUAUAUUAACGUUCCUGACCUUUUUUUUACAGCCAUUUCUGCAUCGCCUUAUAUUAUCUUGAAUAGGUAAACCAGUCAUGUCAAAGAGCUUGAUAAAUCACAACUUUGUUUUAUGCAUGAGUUAUUGAAAUCAUAUACAUACGUUAACUACUUUUUAUUACACGUCAAUCACGGUGUUCUACGGUCAUUUCUCUAUAGCAGACCGUUGCUAUGUAUAACAGAUCGUUGCUAUGGACGCAGUUCUGAUGUCGGACUCUGGCGGACCAUUUUCGUGUCAAAUUAUUGAUUUCUUAAGUAAGUAGCCGUGUAAUAAGCGGGAUAAUAUGCAGCUAGUGAAUCAUUGUAGUGAAAUAAACCCCUUCAGGGCAAUGCAAGACCCCUCCGCUUGGACGGGUGGAUCCCGACACGAGUGCCACAGCGCCCUGUCGGGGUUUGCAUGUACAUUACCUGUACAUUAUCCCUUACAUAAAUGAGACCAAAUAAAUGCAUUUAGGCGGAGUUUACAGGAUCUCGUUUUUUUUCCUCUCGUCAGUAAAACAAACAAAUGUACACUAGCCUUUCAAAUUAGAUUCAAUGUUAUAAGUAGGCUACAAUUAUCAGAAGAAGAUGAACAUUCAGGCUCCCUCUUGUGGGUCAAAGAUGUAUUGCAGGUAUAACUGUUAAAUAAAAGACGAUCAAAGAAAUUCUGCAAAUGUAUUUGGUGACCCUUAUAAAAUCUCCUGCGACCCACCUGUGGGUCCCGACCCAGUCUUUGGGAACGACUGCUCUAGAUAAUCAACAGGACGCACGGUCGACAGUUUUCUUUGGGACUAUUUCUUCAGUAGAAAAUAGUUCCUAUGAAAACUGAUUACAGUGAGGUCUGUUGAUUUUACAGGUCUGCAAAUUUCAUGGUAAUUAGGUGAUAAUUAGCAAGUAACCUAUUUAACAUUUUUGCCAAAUUACCCCAAUAUGUACAUCAAAAUGGAUUGAAAAUUACUU